AUGCCGUGGUACAAUGAACAGCAACAAUUUUUCCCUCAUNGGUUUUUUAGUUCUUUUGUGAUUAAUAGUAAUGUUAACAAAAAAAGUAUUACUCUGCCAUCUAUAUCUCAACCAAGUUUUGCUCAAAAUACCCUACCAGGUGCAACUGCAACAACAUCGACUGCUAUACCAUCCUGGCUUAUCGGAGUGGUAUCACAGAAAGUAAAUCAACAGUCUCAAAAGUCUAAAUGCUCUAUAACUAAGAGUCCAAAAAGUGCUAGAUUAAAAUCAUCAAUCACAUCUCCCCCAAAAACCUACUCGAAUACUAAAAAGGGCUCAAAGAAAAAGAGUACAGAGGCAAAUGAUCAACCCAGUUGCUCAAAAGAUUUUCCUCAGGCUAAAGUUGAAUCUAGAAAUGCUGAAGGAAUAAAGGAGAAUAUUCCAAAAGAUUUGCCUCAGGCUAAAGAUGAAUUGAAAAAUGUUAACGACAUAAAGGAGAAGAUUACAAAAGAGGACACAGAACCAAAACCUGGGUGUUCUAAAUCAUCUGAGACCAAAUUACAUGCAGUACAAGAUGAACUACAAUGUAUCAUAUGUACAGAAAUGUUCAUAAAAGCCGUAACAUUAUCCUGCUCUCAUACAUUCUGCAAAUUUUGCAUUGAUGAGUGGAAAAAGAAAAAGACUGCUUGUCCAAUCUGCCGAGCACCAAUAUGUAGUAUUCUUCCCACAUUGGUGAUUGACAGCUUUAUUGAAAAGAUCCUAGAAAAUGCUGACGAAGAAACAAAACUUCAAAGAUCUAAACUAAUAGCUGACAGGGAAUCCCAACAGGCAUCAGGAUCGAAAGAUUAUAGAGGUAAAGAAAAAUCUGCUACAGAUGUUUUCGACGAAGCAUUCGCCCAUGAUGCCAUCAUUUUGAGUUCUGACAGUGAUAUGAAUUCAUACGAUUCUGAUGCUGAAACUAUGAGUUACUACGACGAUGAUAGUGAUAACGGGUAUGUACCAUAUAACGGACUACCAGGCGGUUAUUACGGUGGGUAUGGGUACUGUUUCCGUUGUGGCGACAGAGGUCACUGGGUUCGUGGGUGUCCCAAUAGAUAGGAAGUAAACGUAAUGUUCUCCUAACUUAUUCGUUAUGUUAAAUACCAAAUUUACCUUUUACCUUAUAUAUUUUGUUUGUUGUUUCUCGUCAAUAUAUUUUUCUGGUUUUUAGUUUAGUUUUGAAAUCAUUUCCAAUUGCAUGCUUAUUACAUAAAAAUUUACUUGAUAGAAUCUGAAUAAAAAUGUUUCUUUUUUCAUGUUUAAUG